GAGUGAUAGCCUGCCCAGUCCCACAGGCCCUGGCUGCCCCAUUGUCACUGGAUCUGAUAAGAAAUCCCACCCCUGCAGCCCCCUCCCCUAUCCCCACCCACAGCCACAGCCUGGUUGGGCGUGGGGCUGCCCGUAUAUAAGGGGAACCCAGGGGGCUGAGUGUCACCAAGGCCAGUCCUGAGCAGGCCCAGCUCCAGCCCAGCCGCCCACCACCAUGUCUCUGACCAAGACCGAGAGGGCCAUCAUCGUGUCCAUGUGGGGCAAGAUCUCCACGCAGGCCGACGCCAUCGGCACCGAGACCCUGGAGAGGCUCUUCCUCAGCCACCCGCAGACCAAGACCUACUUCCCGCACUUCGACCUGCACGCGGGGUCGGCGCAGCUGCGCGCGCACGGCUCCAAGGUGGUGGCCGCCGUGGGCGACGCGGUCAAGAGCAUCGACAACAUCGCGGGCGCGCUGGCCCGGCUGAGCGAGCUGCACGCCUACAUCCUGCGCGUGGACCCGGUCAACUUCAAGCUGCUGUCCCACUGCCUGCUGGUCACCGUGGCCGCGCGCUUCCCCGCCGACUUCACGGCCGAGGCCCACGCCGCCUGGGACAAGUUCCUGUCCGUCGUGUCCUCUGUCCUGACCGAGAAGUACCGCUGAGCGACCCAACCCCUGCCUUAGGGGUUUCCCCAGUCCCCACUUACCCUGUGGUGAUUCAAUAAAUAAAUCGAAGUCCA